AUGUUGUGUAUAGUGUCUGAAUUGAAGUCUCCUCCAUUCACUGAUCCACUCUCUGACAUAUCAUUAACCAUAUUACAAUUAGAAGAAAUUUACAAUGAUAUAGUGAAUAUUUCUCACUCACAUUAUGAUGGACUAUCAAAAUGGAGAACUGCAAUCACUGGUGAACCCACAGAUGCUACCGAGAUGAAAAAGGCUAUGGCUUAUUUGAAGGCUCGUAUGGAGAUUUGGAGGAACCUGAGAACUUUUAAUGCCACAGAGAGAGAAUGGCUAACUAAACCUUUUAAAAAACUUAAUGUACAGGAUGUUGGGGAAAAGCUUAAGAAGUGGUUGUCUACCAUAGACUCAUUGUCACAGAUACUAUCAGUAGAUGAUCCAGUCCUGAUGACACUCUCUGAAAGAAUAAAUGAAUACAACAACCUGCUACCAUUGCUUAAGAAAUUAUCUUCACCUUCUGUUAAACACACUCACUGGUAUACAUUACUAGCUGCUGUUGAGGUCCAGUACAACUCGUCCACUCUAUACACACUACAGGACCUUCUCUUAUACAAGCUACUCUCACCCGAAAACAGGCCACUACUCAAUGAGGUCUGUCAAUCAGCAGAGAGGGAGGCAGCCCUUAAGAACUCUGUCGAAACCCUACAAAAGAAAUGGGAGGGGAGGAAAUUUGUCUUAGACAAAGAAAGCUAUGAGAAGUACUCUUUUGCCUUCCCUCUCUCCUCUCCCUCUCCGGAUAUACUGACAGAGACGAGGGAGAGCUUACGUGUGACAAAGUUUGCAUUGUCAUCUCCUUCAAUGGAGAGUUCAGUAGUGAGUGCUAGUGGGCCUAGUAUAACAAGGCUAGUGGACGCUAGGGAGGUGCUUCAAGAAUUGGAAGAGGAUCUGACACUAGUCCAAGUGUAUUGCGGGUCUCCUCAUUGUGUGGGCGGGCUGAAGGGACAGUUGGAGUAUUGGAGCAGUGCUUUGAGACAAUUGAUGGAGCUUGUGGAACUGGUGGAAUCAUGUCAGAAUAAAUGGUGGAGUUGUCUAUAUCUAUUUGGUGACAUACCCACGGAAGAACACUUAGCCUAUGGACUGACCCAUGUACAAUCAGCGAGUGAGCAAUGGUCCAAUGUAUUGAAACACAUCAGAGAACAAGACGGGAGUGUAUUGACACUUUUUCCUAAGCAGUUGAUGGGUCUGCAUGCUGCCACUGGUGAUGAGGAUCAGAGUAUUGAUACUUCUGAUGUCUCAUGGUUGUCAGAGUCAGUCCCUCAAGCAGCUCUACUCACUGUACAGUCUAAAUGGACUCCAAUCAUCACCUCAGCAUUUGAUAAUGCACUAAUGAUCGAUUCAGCUAGGUCUCAGUUUGAGCGGAUCAUCAAUCAUCUUAUUCAAUUAUUGCACCUCACCUCCUCCUACCCUCACUCCCACCCACAAACCAUUACAACACUAAAGAGUCUCAUUGUCAGUGCUAAACACAAACUGGAUCUAAUUAAAAACAUAACGAGAGGGUUGUCCCUCUCUCAUCACGUCCUGUAUCAGUUAUUAGAAUCACCAGUUCUCUAUCAUCCUUCUCCAAGUCGUCUCUCUUCCGUUCCUUCUAGUAUGACCAACUCUCGUAAUUCUAUGCCACCGUUAGCGGCUGUUGGUAGACUCCACCCACUUCCCGAGCCUCUCGUUGCUUCAAAUAAGAGUCUAGUCAGCUCUCGUUUCAGUGCUGGGACUCAGUCCCACACUAAACCCUCCGGCCUAUCCUCAGCUAAGAGCCUAAUGCCAACUGUCCCUAGUAUUGGGACUGGUUGCCGGGUACAGUGUGGGCCUGAGGUCUCUUUUAGUUAUGGUUUUGAGUAUUAUGGGUCAGAUACUAGUAUUGUACUGUCUCCUUCACUAGAGAAGAGUGUUGUGAGCAUGAUGAGGUCAUUGGUGGCUGUUGAUGGGUGUAGUGGUCUAUUAGUUAGUGAGGGGCAUAGGGGAAAGAGCUAUGGAUCUAAUCUUGAGUCUGCUAGAGACGUUGCAAAAAUCCUAGGUCGUCCAUAUUAUACUCUGACUUGCUUAAGCACAACCUCAACGUCAGUCCUCCUCUCAUCCCUCUCCUCCUCCCUCCAGUCAGGGAGUAUACUCAUUCUCCAGUCAUUCACUGCUCUCCCUGUACCAGCACAGUUAGUAGUGUCACAAUGGCUGAAGGAGGUCUAUGAGAAGAUGAAGAAUGGACUAUUGGGUGGGCCUGAUCCUGUAUUGCCUCCUCCCACUAAUAAGAUACAGGUUACUGGAGGUGGAGGUCCUUAUUCUGUUAGCAGUACAGCAUCAUUAGGAUCUCAUCAUGAUUAUAAAAGUUCUUCAACUAGUCAUGUUGGUGCUGGUAAUCGUAUGGAUUGGUACAGUUCUGUUCAACAUGGAGCCAAUCUGUUAGGACCAAAAGCUGAGAUAGAGCUAACAGGAGAAGAGAGGACUACACUGGUUGCUAACGGGUACUUCAGUUGUAUAGCAGUCACUGAUGAAGGCAGUGAUAAUGAGAGAGAAGAUGAGGAAGAGGAAGAAAUGAAAAAUUACCCGUCAAUCACUGAAGAAGUAAUAGCUUCAUUUCGCUGUGUACAGAGUGAAUCUCUGGAUCUGGUACCAAUCACUGAGUGUUUGCUCCUCUCCUCUGGUUAUUCUAAUGCUGCUAGUAUUGCUAUUAAACUAGUGGACUGCUUGAAUGAAUUAAAGGUUAAUGGGAUAAUAAAGAUAUCAAUGUCACUCCUCAAACUGCUAUGCACUACCUACUGUCAUCAACAGCUCCUCUCCUCUUCUCAAUACUCUGUCUCUCAGCAUAAAGACAAGACCACACUAGAGAAUAUGGAGAAGAAAUGUGUGUGGAGAGCAUUAAUGAAAGGACUUCAUUUCUCAGAGUCUGAUAAAGAAACAGGAUUACAGAUUAUAGAUACUAAACUAGGUAUCUGUGUAGAGGAGGAGACACAGGGAGAGGUGGAGAGAGGGCACAGGAAAACUUUAAUGAGAGCUAUUGAAAAGGAAUUUGAGGAAAGGCAUUUACAAAUGAAACCAGAAAUCACGGAGAAAAUUAUGGAAUUGGAUGGUGCAUUAGAAUCAAGGAGAUGUGUUAUUAUUUAUGGUCCUAGUUCAUCAGGAAAGAGUACUCUUUACCAGUUGCUAUCACAAGCACAUAAUCACCUACUGAGUAACAAUGGGACUGUCAAUGAGGAAGGAAAAAAAGGAGGGAAAGGAGGAAAAAAGAAAAUGAUUUAUGUGACUCACAUUAACCCUGAAGCAUAUACUUUGACUGAGCUUUUUGGCGGGUAUUUGUCAUCAAGUGAGACUGCUACAGGAAGCAAAUAUACUGAUGAGUCCUCAUGGUCUACUGGUAUUCUAGCAAGACUGUUUCAACAAGCAGAGGAUUCCAACAACAGGACAAUAGAGCUGAAGGAUAGAGAGAGAGGAAGAGGAGGAGGAGGAAAGAAAGGGACCUCAUUGUCCAUUACCCACUGGAUUGUGUUUAACGGCUUUAACUGGAAUCAUAUUCACUGGCUGGAGAGUUUGUUGACUCAUCCACACAAACUGAAAUUAUCCAAUGGAGACACACUCAGUCUACCAGGUACUGAUAAUAAAUGUAUUAUUAUAUUAAUGGCAGGGUGUUAA